UGUUGAUCCUUUAUUCACAGUCAUUCUUACAAGCGAGGGCAGCUUUUUUAACCUCCUGGUGGCUGGGUGUGUUAACAGCUGGAGCUCUCCUCAAAUUCAGUGCUGGAUAAACAAGAACCGACACGAAGAGCUUCUACGGACGUCACACUUAAGACUACAGACCCCAUCCAGGGAGGACACCCUGAGGCAGGCCAGCGCAUGACAAAAGAACGCCACGAACUUAAGUGACCCAGGGUCCAAGUGACGUCCCGGAGUUUGAAACCUGGUCUAGGGUAGUACCCUGACGAAGAGAUGAGGUCCACUGUGAUUCAGGAAAUAAUGAACGUUGAGCGCAGCUACACCAAACGUCUGGAGGACAUUUGUGCGGGAUACAUUGGUCACUGCCGCAAUCACCCCAACAUGUUCACCGAGCAGCAGUUGAAAGUCCUCUUCAGCAACGUCGAAGAAAUCUUCAGCUUCCAAAGGGAGUUCCUUCGAGACCUUGAGUUGAGAUACAACCAGGAAGAACCUCACCUCAGUGAAAUCGGCAGCUGCUUCCUCUUACACAGGGAGGGAUUUGCCGUCUACUCCGAGUACUGCAACUCCCACCAGGCCGCCUGUGCUGAGCUGUACCGGCUCAUCCAGCAAGACCAUUACAAGUACUUCUUUGAGGCCUGUCGACUGCUCCAGCAGAUGAACGACCUUUCCAUUGACAGCUUCUUAAUCGCACCAGUCCAGAAGAUCUGCAAGUAUCCCCUGCAGCUGGAGGAGCUGCUAAAGUGCACCCCGAAAGAGCACAUCGACUACACCGCAGUGAGCGAGGCUUGCAACCUCAUGAGAAGCGUGGCCAUUUAUAUCAACGAGCGUAAGAGAAGGUUCGAGAGCGUCAAGUCUCUUGCCGAGUGGCAGGUCGGUGUUCUUCGCUGGCAGGGCUCCGACGUGCUGGAUCGCAGUUCAGAAAUUAUCCACUCGGGUCCACUGAUCCGAAUCGCCCGACAAGGCAAGAUACAGCAGCGCGUCUCCUUCUUGUUUGACCACCAACUGGUCUUCUGCAAAAAGGACAUUUUUCGCAGAGACUUCCUUCUGUACCGCGGGAGGCUGGACAUGGACGAGAUUCAAGUGGCAGACUUGCCCGACGGGUGGAACACAGAAGUGGGCAUGGAAGUGAGGAACGCCAUGCGCCUGCAUCACACAUACACCCUGGAGUUUGUCUGUGUUCUGUGCUGCAGGAAACUCAACGACAAGCUCAGAUGGUGUGAGGCCUUUGCCAGAGAGAAAAACAUGGUCAACACGCCGCAAGAAAUGGGCUUGGAGAUCAGCGAGGAGCAGAGGAAACAGGCACUUGUGAAUGCCAGGAGUGCCAGAAACGAUAAGAUGAGGGGAUUUGGGCAUCUGCAUCAUAACUACUGGCCAAUGCAUCAACAAAACGUUGUUCCUCCAAUGAUCGCCCCUGAAGAAGUCCUUUCAGGAGAUGAGCCCACCAAAGGGAGGUCCUACCGCCUGCUGCAGACUAUGACCCGCUGCUCUUUCUUCAGAUACUGAAUUUUUCACUCAUGCUCACUCAAACUGGAUGCAGUUUUCCUCUCGGUCAUCAAAUCUCACAUACUAGAGUUGCUUCACAUCAAAGUUAAAUUUAGAUUAGGGGUGUCAAAAACUGCUCCUCAAGGGCUGCAAGUUUUUGUUCCAAACCAACUGGCACGUGCACCUUCACUGUGUUCUUGAUGGGUUGGAACAAAAGCCUGCACCCAACUGCUGCCGUUUCUGGAACAGUUUGGACGCCGCUGCUUUAUGUUCAGGUUUCAACGGGUCACAAUAUCACUCGCCUAAAGCAGCUUAGACAAACCUGUUUGUUUAUGUCAACAAAAGUGACUCACGCGUCAUCUUGUCAAGAUGUCAUCACUGCGUAAGUUGGUGUUAGGGCGAGACCACAUGAUGCCACACAAACUCCCGACUGAGACGCUUGAAUGAGGAGUGCUGUCACGGUUCGUGAGUUGAGAUAUUCUCUUCCUCCCUCAGUUCAUGUUUGUCCUCAUUCUUGUCAAGGAAGUUCAGUUUUACUCAUCCAAGAGUGAAUUGGCAUUUUUGUACGUGGCAAAAUCACAGUAUUCGCUUCAGACACGGCUUUUCCACUAAGCUGAUUCUCACAUCAAAGAUCAGAUCCAGGACAGGGCUUUUAAAAAGCUCCUUAAUGAGCAUGAAUGGUUCUCAAACAAAACCUGUAACGCAGCUCCUCAGGUCUGCAAAAAGUCAGAUGCAGCCCCUGAGUGGGAGAAAGGACCACCGGCUGCGUUGUCUUAUCGAUCCACAAAAAGUCACAUGACACUUCGCGCAUGGACCAAACAGAUCACAUAGCAUAACAUACAGUGCAAUCUUGUUUUUAAAUUAAUUUAAAUUAAACUAAAUUACUCAGACAUGGAUGAACAAUGUCCCUUUUCACACUUCACCAUAUAGACAUACACAACUCCUCUUCUAUCCCCUUCAACAAAACGGGAAAACACAGUUUUUCCCCCUCAGUGUUUGGGUCUGAUCCUGUAUUGCAUUACCGUCCUAGACAGCCCAAACUUGGAAACAUAAGUGAGGACAGACAAGGUGGAACUACUGAUAAUCCUCAUUAAUGACGUGGUAGCACUGUCUCUGCAAGUCACACUUAACAACAUUCUGAAAAAAUGACAGAACAGGAGGAUCUCUAUGUCAGGGCUAAGGUGCUCCUUGCUGUCCAUAUAUGCCAUAGACAUUUGGACUGGUUCACAAGAGAGUCAGAGAAGCACAACUCACAACAGCCACUCCCAUUUGUGAAGGUGUGAUGGUUCUAUCCCGGCUCUAGACCAUAAUCUUUGCUUUUAACAGGCCUGUGUAAGCACGAUUGCCCCAAGACAUGUACAGAGAGCGUAACCCAGUGACAUGCAGCAGUAUCAUGGUAAACAUGUGCUCCAGUCAAAGUCCCUGUGUUAUCUUCCUGUGGCUCCAUAGGUGCUGACGUGACGGCAACACUUGGAUCAAAAAGCAUGCAUUUGCAGAGAGCCAAUAAGAGGGAGAUUUCAAUGUGAAGCAUCUUAGGUUUAUUUGUAUUCAAGUUUUAUUCAUGACCAAUAUUAUUGACAAGACUGAGAGAUGUAACCUGACACACUGGAAUGUACCACAAGAGUGAAUUUUCUCUAUUAAAAAGGUGAUUAUGUUCAGCACCAAAUUGCAAAAAUGUUUUUAUUCAGUUUAUCAAGUGAGGUAAUGCUUGUCGCUCUGGUUUAGCUUACAAAUAUAUAGCUCUGGAGCUGUGCUGUAACACAUAGCAAAUUUCUAGAGGGAGUUUUGAUGAGAAAUCCCUCCAGGAAAAGUGGAGUGUCAACUCACAAGGUGUGUUUGUCAAAGAGGUAUUCUCCCAGAGAACCAUGGGUCUCUGAGGCAGUGACUCGAGUCAGACUGCCGGUAAAGUCACCCAGCUUCUUGAUCGUCUCAUGGCUGUCGUUCAGAAAGUGCUGCUCAAGGAAGUCACAAAGCUGCGAACAUAAAACAAAAUGAAAUGCUUAACACAUGAGAUUACGCUUCACAAGGUCAGCUAAACGACCGAAUCUUGUUUCUCCAUUGAUCUAUUUACCAUAUUCAAACCUGUGACUGUGAAAUUGUGAAAGUCAAAAUGAAAUUAUGCAGAAAACACUUCAAAACUAGAAACUUAAUAAAAAAUGACAUGACUUUUGCAUUCAAGCAAGAUUUUAUAUUUAAAGAAACAUAUUUAAAAUGAGCCGUCUCCUCUCCCUCCUUUACCACGUUUGCACAUCGAGUCACGCGUUCUCAUCAAUUUUGUGUUUUGUUUUGUUUUCAACGUACGUGGGGGUCAGUGUUGGUGUCUGCUCUCUUGUGCACUUCAAGGAGACUGGAGUACAAGGCCUUCUGGUAGUCCAUGGAGAAGGACAAUGCGUCCAGGCCACUUCUCCAAUCCUCUCUGCUGGGCUUCUAUGUUAUGUGGAGGAAGAAAAAGAAUCAAACCACAAGCUUAAAGGCUGAGAUUGAAAAAAGAUAAAAAGGAAACCAACAGGAAUAGUCUGGAGCAGAAUCCGUCCUCCUCGCAGGUUCUGGUACUCAAGCAGCUGCUCAGCUUGGUCUCGCUCCUUCACAGAACGCUCCAAGAAGAAGGUGGAGAAGUUUGGCAAGGCGACAUCAUCCCGGUCAAAAAACAUCCCCUGGAGAUGAGAAGCAAAAACAGGAGAAUGAGCAUCCGCUGCGCCAUGGAGUGGUGUAGGGCUCACAAGGCUUUACCAGCGCAAGGUAGGUGUAGGAGGCAGCGAGCUUUUGGUUGGCCAGUCUGUUGAUGUCCCCUUCACACUCCGAGUGGAGGUUCUGUCUCACCGCCGACUGCAUUUCUGCCGCAGAGGAAAAGGUUACGUUGUGCUGGAGCGACGAGCCAGUCAAGUGUGACACGAGUUCCAACUGUCGUGUGGAGAGCUGCACCAAGUGGGCUGCACCGUCUGCGGUCAGGCGAGAUAACGCAGCCAACGGCGCGGUUAAGCGCUCACCGAACAGCAAUACCGUUUCUGGACUGAUGCCACUGCAGUGUCACCUUAGGCAAAACAGACUUGAGAAAACGAACACGCGAAGCUUUAGCAAGGUGACUACAACAACAACAUCGUGACGUCAGCACGUAGCGCUUUAGCUUCGAUUGACCUUUGCAAGCGCAGACAAAGGACGUUUAGCGUUUGGUCCAUCAAUCCGCCAUUAAAUCACUCACGUGCAAUGUGACGCCAAGCUCCAGAAACAGAUGGAUUGACGGGCUUGUUGACAACGCCAACACGGAACUCCCAGCCUGCUCAAGCUUUAGCAGCAGGCUAGUAGCGGCGCGGCGACGUUUAUAGUCUACCGCCACCUGCUGUGCUGGCGGCGAUGGUGCGAGUGAAGCCGUGAGAAGAAAACGGAUCCGCAAUAUUUGAAUAUACUGUAUGAACUAAACACGAUCAUCCACAUCUGCAAUCCCUAUGACAUUUACCAAAAAUGUAUUUUCAAGUGCUGAACGUGUUGAAAAGGUAUGCAAAGACGUUCAAGAAAAAGAAAAGAGUCUUUAUACAGGAAAAAUUAAAUGACUGAUAUGCUUUAAAGCAUCUCGGGGUGUUGUUCUCAUGUGAGGGGAUUAGGGAUUUGGAGAUUGAUCGGCGAAUUGGGGCAGCAGGGCCGGUAUUGCAAUCCCUUUGCCGCACUGUUCUCCAUAAAAGAGAGCUGAGCCAGAAGGCACAGCGCUCUAUAUGCCGAUCAGUCUUCGUCCCGACCCUCACCUACGGUCAUGAGCUUUGGGUCAUGACCAAGAGAGCAAGGUCCUGGAUACAAGCGGCUGAAAUGGGUUUUCUCCGAAGGGUGGCAGGCGUCUCCUUUAGAGAUAGGGUGAGGAGUUCUGUCACUCGGGAGAGGCUCGGAGCAGAGCCGCUGCUUCUCCACAUUGAGAGGAGUCAGCUGAGGUGGUUCGGGCAUCUCAUCAGGAUGCCCUCUGGACACGUCCAAGUGGGAGGAGACCGAGGGGUCGACCCAGGACCAGGUGGAGAGAUUGUAUCUCUACGCUGGCCUGGGAGCGUCUCGGGAUCUCCCAGUCGGAGCUGGUGGAUGUCGCUCGGGAGAAGGACGUUUGGCGUGACCUCCUGAAGCUGCUGCCCCCGCGACCCAGCAAUGGAUAAGCGGGCGACGAUGGAUGGAUGGAUGGGCUUUAAAGCAUGACUCAUUUUUAAAACAUUUUCCAUAUAAGCAGUACAUACGGAGAAUGACAAGUAUUUUAUAAAUACAAAUUUUAGGCACAACAGAUAUGAAGGAAACACUGUAAACCUUAGUUAUAAAAAGAAAAAAAAACAUUUAAAGAGUAAAAGAAAAAAAUAAAGAACUCGACAUGUCAGCAAUGCUCAAUGCAAAAGUAUUCUCUCUGCAUAUUGCCCAUUCUGACUUUAAAGCAAGACUAUUACAGAUGAAAGACGUCUUGUAUGUUUGAUAAAUACACUUCUAUUUCUAGACUAUGGUGACAGAAUUGUGACAACAUCUUGUAUAGUCAUUUUAACAGCUCCUUUGAAAUAUAAAAGAAAAUGUGAAAAACAAAAAAAUCAGUUCCUUACAGAGAGCUGAAUUAAAAUAGAGAAACUGUGAGUUCAUGCUAGCGAUCAAUAAAUGCAUUAAAUAAAUAACAAUGUCUACUCAGAAACUGUUAGCAGCCCUACACAACAGAUAGCACAAAAAAAGGUUGAUCAUGUUCAUAUUUUCACACUGACUUCAUGAGAGCCAGAGAAAUUCACAGAACUGUGGAUGGCUGACAAGAGUUGACAGUGGAGGAAAACAUUUUUAGACAUACUUAAAAUUUGCCACAAUCUUGAAUAUUAUCAUGUUUUUUUUGUGUUUGUGUGUUUCAAAAUGAUAUAUUUUCUUGUAUGUAUGAACCAUCAUAUUCUUGAAUAUGUAUGCUCCAACGAUUAUGAUAGAUACACGUUCAUACAUUGACCCAUCUCCAAACCCAAUGUUAAAAUAGAAUAUACUGACACAGUGUGACCAGACCAAAGAAAACCUUCAACACGCUAUGAUCAUUGUACCUUGUGGUUGGUAACAAGGAAGUAUUUUGAAGGGCAAAGGUCUAUGUGGUUGUAAAAGUCAAAAAGGAGAAGUACUCAGUUGUGUGCUGACAUGGACGACGACAGAGGGCUUGAGGGGGAGGACACGCUUCGGAAUUAAAGUCAACACCUCUGAAGUAAAGCGGAUGCUGUAUUCUGCAUUCUUGUGCUUGAGGACGGCCUUUGUUUGUGGAUGCUGGUGUGGGUUUUGUGAACGACUUGAAAGAAAUGAGAACAUUCAUCGUUGAGCAGUACAACACAGGAAGUGCACAAGUUGGUCGACAGGUGACAAAUU